AUGUCGGCCUUCAUCACGGAAAUGUGGGCGUGGUACGCCGUGACCCUCGUAGUGGUCCUGGCGCGGAUGACAUCCCGGAGGAUGCUGUACGGGUCGUUCAAGGGCAUGCUGAUCGAUGAUUACCACAUGAUCUUUGCCAUGGGAUGCUACACUGCGUUGCUCGUCGUGGUGCACAUCCUCACCUACACGCCGACGAACCUUAUCAACCCCGCCGACAAAAUCGUCCUCACCGAUGACGAGAUCAAGAAAAGGCAAUACGGGUCGAAGCUAGUGAUAGUCACCGAGCAAACGCAGAUGAUGACCAUCUGGGCUAUUAAGGGUUGUCUGUUGGUCAUGUACAGCCGGCUGACCACGAGCUUGAAACAGAACUUGCUUGUCAAGAUUGUCUCCGGCUAUGUCAUUGUUGGCUUCGUCCUCAUGCAGAUAUUAUUCUUCGCCGCAUGGUGUCGGCCGUUCCACAUGUACUGGAGUGUUCCUCCUCCGAAUCUCAAUUGCUCAGCCGAAACAAACCAUAUGAUCACCAACGCUGUCUUGAACAUCUCGUCCGGCAUCAUGAUCAUCUUAAUUCCUAUGCCCGUAUUUCUACAAUCGCAACUGGCUACGAAGCGCAAAGUUAUUCUAUGCGGCGUCUUUGCGCUUGGUGCGUUUUCGGUAAUUGCUCCGCAACUGUUGUGUAGCUGGCAUUCUCCUUAG